AUGCUCCCGGGCUCCAUCAUCUCGACUUUUGCGGCUCAACACCCUCUUGGUGCUCUGGGCAUGCAGCAGCCGUCCCACAAUGAGCAGUUUGCCAAGUCGGCCACCAAGAAACGUGAGCCGUUCCCCGCCUGGAGCGCAAUCGACGGAGUGAAGAAGACAGCCGACUCGAUCGCCCAUGAGGCCGCUCGAGAGUACGAUGUUGCCAGUCACAAAGCACAGGAGAAGGCGGGGAAGAUCGAGCCUUGGACUCCCAAAUACUACGCGGCGUGUACAUUUGGCGGAAUGCUGGCCUGUGGCCUCACUCACACAGCAGUCACCCCUCUCGAUCUGAUCAAAUGCCGCCGCCAGGUUGACUCUAAGCUCUAUAAGAGCAACAUGCAAGCCUUCCGCACGAUUCGCGGUGCCGAGGGUUUCCGCGGAGUGUUCACCGGUUGGAGUCCUACUUUCUUCGGCUACAGUGCCCAAGGUGCAUUCAAGUACGGUGGUUACGAGUUCUUCAAGAAGUUCUAUAGCGACCUCGUCGGUCAAGAGCGUGCCGUCAAGUGGAAGACCGGCGUGUACCUGGUUGCUAGUGCCUCUGCCGAGUUCAUCGCCGACGUCGCGCUCUGCCCAUUCGAGUCCGUCAAGGUGCGGACGCAGACUACCAUCCCGCCUGAAUUCCAAGGUACCUUCAGCGGUAUUUCCUCAGUCGUCGCCAAGGAAGGUGUAUCCGGCCUCUACAAGGGUCUGUAUCCACUCUGGGGUCGCCAGAUCCCCUACACCAUGAUGAAGUUCGCCUCGUUCGAGACGAUCGUGGAAAUGAUCUACCGCAGCUUGCCGGGCCAUAAAUCCGAUUACAACAAGGGCGCACAGACUGCCGUUGCGUUUAGUGCUGGUUACCUGGCUGGUAUUCUCUGUGCCGUGGUGUCACACCCGGCCGAUGUGAUGGUCAGCAAGCUGAAUGCGAACCGCCAACCGGGCGAGGCCUUCGGCGCGGCGAUGAGCCGCAUCUAUGGCGAUAUUGGGUUCCGCGGGCUGUGGAAUGGAUUGCCCGUCCGUAUCGUGAUGAUUGGUACUUUGACCGGUCUCCAGUGGAUGAUCUAUGACUCCUUCAAGAUCUUCAUGGGACUCCCAACCACCGGUGGCUCCGGCGAAGACAAGAAGAAGGCACUGGCCAAGUAA